AUGACCGAGACUGCUCCGCUCAACAAGCGGUCGGCGUCGUCGGCAUCUCUAGAUUCCCUCCUCAGCCCAAGCUCCCCCGUCCGUCCCGCCGCCGCUUCAAACAGCCGUCCCGCGGCCAAACGCCCCCGGAUCGAUCAGGACUGGGACCCAAAUCAGCCCUUGCCCGAUGGGGUGCACAUUUCGGCCGGCGGCGGCAGGCCGAAAGCUAGUGCACCCGGGACUGAGUUCCGCGGGAUAACAGACAAUGGGCAUACAACACAUCCUAUUGGCCGCUCGAGCCGCCUGUACCCCGCAGGGAAAGAGCCUUUCGCUUCACAUUUCCCCCCGGUUUCACUACGCCCAUACUCCCGUCGGUGGCCUCCUCCCACCAUCGUCCCUCCCCGACCCAAGCCCAUUCUCCCUGCCUUCACCUUCCGAGCCGGACCGUACACUGGACCGGGAUACCCUCAGCCGGCGUCCCGCUCGGAUUGGCAGCCGGCGUUCGGCCCAAUCCCCAUUCCCGGAGCUGAGAAGCCCAAGCUCAUCCUGCCCAAGCCCCACCUCAAGAAGGAUAUCCCACGGAAGGAGCGCGGGCUGUUCAAGGCGAUGCGGCGGAAGGAGGUCAAGCCCAAACCCACAAUCUACAAAUACGCUAUCGGCGAUACCUACCGGGACUGGACAGCCCCGCGCGGGGUGUCUUUAGCGACAUUCGAGGCCUAUACACGCGACGCGGACCGGUUCGCCAAGCCUAAGGCCCCUUCGCGUAUCCUCCUUCCUACUCAGCCGAGGCCGCCGGGAUGGACCUCUCCCGCUCAACGUGCGUCCGAGGAGAUCCUGGAGAACAUCUUUGGACAUCUCCACCAGCUCGUCAUGGACACCCCGCUGCCCUCUGUGCCGAUCAAAGGGCGGGAUCCAUGGGUCGGCACCCUGACCAAUGAGCGCCUGACGAACGGCGAGAUCAAGGCGUACAAGACGGCGGUCAUGCGCAAGCAGCUAUUUGAUUACGGAAAGGUAUGCAAGUCAUGGUGGACGGGAACCCAGAAGGGGUGGAAUGAGGUCGUUAUCGUCGGAGAGAAGGAUGCCGAACGCGCGACCCAUCAUAUCGAACGCUGGAUCCCUAUUGGAUCGACGAAGCACCUCUCCCUUACCCUACAAGUCUCCCUUCCAUUCGUCCAUCGUCUCCUCCGCAGUUUCGUCCACGCCGUCCACCGUCUCCGGGAGAAGGAAAGGCCCGUCCCCAUACUCGGUCUCGAGCCGGCCGACAAGGAGGAAAGUGCGCCUGACCCCCGCACCGUCCCCGUCCCCAUCCAUCGCCUCACCAUCCUCCACUCUUUCGCACCAGAGGAUCUCGGCGAGCUGGAGUUGGCCAAGAUGGAGGAGGUCUUCAAGCUCCUCGCGCCUACUGAACUCGAGUUUGAGUUUUUCGCCGGCGAGCACGUCAUCGACAGACAGAGCCUCGAUACGGUCGCUCGCGCUCUCCGGCUGCCUUGGGGCUACUUUGGCUCCGAGGACAAAUUCAAGGUCGUCAUCAAUCCGGAGGACGAGAUGGGACUCUUCAAUACGUCCGAAGGAGGCCAGGCGAUGGUCGGGCUGGAGAAGAUGACGGGGGAAAGACGACCAAGGGCGAUGAAUUUCACCUCCGAGCGGGGCAGGCGCUGGGGCAGUGUUAAGCAGGCCCCGCGGGGACAGAUGACGUUUGGGACGGUGGGGACCGGAGAGCACCAACACGGCCGUCCGACAAAGGCGAAAGCCGUCGACUCGGCGGUCGCCCAGCCGGUCCAUUCGAAGAAGAAGGCCAAGCUGGACGGAGCGAUGUCGGCGGACGGAGAAGAGGAGGCGGUCAAUGGUCCUUCGGCCGCGGGAUCUCGGUCGCCAACCGGCUCCUCGCAACCCCUCACCACAUCGGAACCUCUCAACGUCUCCAUGCAGCCCGCACUCGGCACCACGUACCAGCCGCAGGCAUCAGCCGCGCUCAAGCGGAAGCGCGACGUCGAGGAAAUUGGGGACGAGGAGGAGAUCGCUUGCAAUGACGCGACAACAGGCGGGGAAGCGGGAGAGGACAAGGAGGGAGAUGAGGACAAGGCGGACUUCGAAGAGACCGGUCUUAACGAAGACUCCAUGCCGGUCCAGAUCCCCCUCCACCACAGCAACGCCAGUCCCUGGUUCCUUAAAGACGACCCCUUCGAGCCUACGACCAACCCAGAGGACCGGAUCGCCGGAUUCAUCUACCUUCUCGAGCGCCGGUACAUGCACCUGGACCACAAGAGCCUCGAGCUACUUGCUCCGGACGAGCGCAGGCGGCGGGAGAUAUGGGCGGAGCUUUUUGGGGAGAAUGACGACCUCAAGCGGGAGUUCAGCCUGGCGGACAAGAGGUGGCUGCAGAUUGCGGAUCGGAACCGUAUGCCAAAGGGCUGGAUUCCGCCGCUGGGGUGGAAGAUUGGGGAUAAGCUGGGGCCGGACGUGCUGUCUUGCAUGAUGGAGGCGUGGAUGGGGUGUAUGAAAGUGUUGAGUAUCAGGGGUCACUGGAUGAACUUGUAUCUUAGGCUUCGACAGAGUGCCAAGAAGGGCAAACUCGAAGAGUUCCAUUACCACUUUGUCCCCCUCGGCGCCAAAACUGUCAAGCGCGCUACGCACCGUCGCAAACCCCACCGGUCCCCGAACCCACCUCUCGGCUCACUCAAGUCCCUCGACAACAUCCUCAUGUGGGACUUCCGGGAGCGGCCCGAGAAGUGGUACCGCAAAAUGGAGCGGAAGAAGGCUCGGGAGCGCGGCGAGGUAUGGGUGGAGCCGCCGCCAACCCGGACGCUCAAGUGGGCGACGCAUGUCCCGUUCGAGCUGUGGAUGCAGCAGAAGGACCGAGCGAGGUUCAAGGGCAAAGGACGGCUUCAUCCCUGGAUGGCGGAGAAUCAGCAGGUCGUCGUCGAUGCGAUCGGCAAGGUGUUGCUCGCGGAAGGAGAGAGGUGGGAUGUUCCUGCCUGCGCGGAAGAUGAGGAUUGGGACGACCGACGCUACUUCAACGAGAUGAUCAAUUUCGUCACGGAACGUCAGACUCGCAGGAAGGGUCCCGUUUACCCUCUUUGCGCCCCAAUCAAGACUAUGGAGGUCCCGGCCGCCGAUAUUCGGAUGGACGGAAGCUGGGCGCAGCACCAUAUCGACCGUAUGAACGACCUCCUCCGGAUCGAGCGGAACAAGUGGUUGGGGCGUGAGGAAAGGUGGUUCAACGAUCCUGACCCAGUAGGGAGGCGGAUGAGGUGGGCCAAGCUGUACAUGGAGCACUACCUUGAACAGCAGGGGCCGGAGGGGAGGCGGGCUCUCAUGCUGAAGCUGCGGAAGAAGCAUGGGGCAAAGCAGCUGUGGCAGCGGUGUCAUUGGGAUCUUCACCACCCGGAUUACCCUGGAGUGACUGUCAAGGUGGACAACAAGAUCGAGUAG